GAGAAAGCGUAGAACUAUUCUCGGAAUCGUUUUCAUUCGAAGAAAGAGCGUUCCAAUCUCUCAGCGGGCUAAGCAUGUACGACGAUCGUAUGAUACUUUCGAUGCGAUUUCCUCAAAAACUUUGGAGGAUCGUUAAUGCUUGCAAGAGUGGUGCGAUUCGAUGGAACAUCGAUGGUUCAACCAUUCUGUUGGAUUACAAGAAAUUUCAAGAGGAAUAUCUUGACGGAGAGAAGUCCAUUUUCAAAACGAGGAAUAUCACGAGUUUUAUCAGACAACUGAAUCUCUAUGGUUUUCGUAAAGUGACGUCGCAUAAUCGGGAUCCUCUUUGCAACUCGCAUAAUCCAAACGUUCAUGAGUUCUUGCACGAUCAUUUCCGUGCUGGUCGUGUCGAUCUUCUCUCAAGAGUCUGUCGAAAAACCGUCGGAAGAAACAAAUAUUGUCAACGUCUUGGAUCGCAGAGAUGUACGACGAUAAAACCGGAGAACUCUCCGGAAAAAGAAAUCCGCUCUACAUCGCAUUUACGAAUGUGUCAGCUUGCCUUGACCGAAGCUUUGGAACAAAUAAGACGCGAGUGUCAACGAAAGUGUUCGAAUACAUCGACUAGAAGCGAAUCUGUAUCUUCGAAACAAGGAUUGCCAGAGCUCGAACUUUUUUCCAUUCCACAAAGUGAUCAUUCUCCGAAAUACACGAUGAAAAACGGAAUACAUUUUUGUUCAAAAAAAAGUUGCAGUCCGAUUAAUGAUGACAAUCCAAAUCCUUGGUUCAUUCCUAAUACACAUAAUCUCGCUUUUUACGUCCCUUUAAAUAAUACUAAAUAAGAUCUAGUUAGUACUUCUACUUUUUUUUACAUAAGUUAACGAGUUCAUUCAAUGUUCUGAAAAUGAUAUCUGUCAUAUAUAGAGUAUUAUAUAGAUUAUGCUAUAUAUCUCUGUAAAAAUAUUAGCUUAUAGCGAUAAAAUAAAAAACAAUGUUUAUUUGAAAGAAAUAUUUUAAACUUCAAAAUAUAAUAGAAUUAUAAAUUAUAUUCGUAUGCAGAAUAUAAAUUAUGUAUUUUGACUAGUACUGGAUUGUGAUUGUUGACUUGUAGCUCGUUUAUUUUGUUCCUGUUGAUGCCUCUGUAAAAAGCUUUUGAAAGAUUCAGCUUGUUUCUUUUCUUCAAUGUCUUCUUCAUAAGUAUUUUCAAUUCCAUCUUCAUCCUCGCUUGAUUCAUUACCAGCAUGUUUUAGAUAUAUAUCUGAAAUUUCUCUACCACUAUUUAUAGUUGUUACGAAAGGUACAGUCUCCCCUGCGGCACUUUGAGUAGCAUUUUCUAGCUGUUCUUUUUCAACUUUUUUUCUUUCAAUAUCUCGCUGUUGCUUCAACUUCUGCCAACUUUGCUUGUACUCGCUUAAAUAAUAUAAACAUGUAUUAGUUCCCUUUUUUGCUUUUAAUCUUAUUAGUAAAAUAUAUUAGUUCCCUUUUCUUGUUUUUUAGAUUGAAAUAUAAAUGUACCUUUCAUAUUCUUUAACUGCAUCUUCCACAAGUUCAAAGAAUUUAGUGAUACCUGCCCCAGUAGCAGCAGAAACUCCACAAUUACGUAAAUGACAAUAAAACUCGUCCAGAGUAAGAGACAUGCUUCUUGUUAAAUUACUGAUAUAACUAGUUUCUGAAUCAAGAGCUUCCUGAAAAGCUUCAAAAUCCUGCAUCCAAUCUACAGCAUAACUAUGAUCAACGAUGUCAAUCUACAAAAAUUGAUUACAAUGACAAUUCAAAUUGAAUUUAUAAAUAUGUAUUACGGUUAAUUUCUUCUUACCUUAUUCAUAGCAACGAUAAAUGGUAAUUUUGUUUUGUAUAGUAUGGAACAUGCAUACAACAUAUUUGACAUAAACGUAACAGGAUUAACACUGCGCACAGUAUCUAAUACAUAUACAACAAUAGUUGGAAAUUGAGAUGCCAAUGCUUCCGUUAUAAUCCUACCACUUGCCGACCAAGUAAAUACUUCUAUUUGUCCUGGAGUAUCCAAAAUUACAUACUCGUGUUCUUGACCUGCCUUAUCAAUAAGAUCUAUGACUUGAUCAAAUUUUGUAGAAAAUAGAUUUAAUGUCGUAACAAUACCACCAUUUGGACCUAAACUAUAUUGUUUCAUCACUUCUUUAUAAUUAACAGUAUCUCUUAUAUCUGAAAUGUAUCCAUAUCAUAAUUAAUUAAUUAAUUAAUUAAUUUAAACAAAAGUACAUUAUAUUUAUGUAAUUAAACAUUUAUAUAAUUAAGAGUUACCUAUAUUAGCAGGAUAAGGAACUUCUUUACAAGCUGGAUCUAAAUUAAUUACAUAUGGUUUUUUAAUACUAUACAAAGUAGAAACAAUUCUUUGAACAAAUGUUGUUUUGCCAGAACCAGCCA